AUGGCGAGUUCUGAUGCUGGCGACUGCACGCUGGUGACCUGCCCCGUUGAAGAGGGAUGGCUUUCUAGCCCCCCGCCGAUCGAGGGCACCGCUUUCAUGCUGGCUGCUUUCGCGACUCUCAUCCCGAUCAAUUUGUGGGUAGGCGCGAGAAACAGAACGACUUUGUACAGCUUGAGCAUGAGCAUCGGACUCUUGCUGGAGGUCAUGGGCCACUCCGGGAAGAUCCUGCUCCGGAACAACCUCGCCAGCAAGUCCUACUUCGUCCUGUCUCUUCUCGGCACGGCCGCGGGGCCGACACUAAUCACUGCCGCCGUCUAUACCAUCUUGCCUCACAUCUUGGCCCUCUACGGGAGCGAUCUCGGCACCCCACUAGAGCCCGUUUGGCUGAGCUACUUCUUCUUCGCCUUUGACGGCUUCACCAUUGCAUUCCAGGCUGUAGGCUGCGUUUUCGCGGCUCAAGGUUACAACAGGGUCGAGAUUCAACAAGGAGUCAACGUGCUUAUCGCCGGUCUCGCGCUUCAGAUCCUGAGCCUGGUGGGGUUCUUUGGAUUAUACUUCCUCUUCAUGUCUCGGGUAUUCCGCAAUCGAGAGUUCUUGGAUCCGCGCUUCUGUAGCGUCUACCUCUCGGCAAGGUUCAAGACAGCGCUGUUGUUCACACAGGUAUUCAGCUGGCUCUGGCUUUGA